AUCAACAGCAAAAUAAAUAGAGUUACCAAACAGGGUUAUUAAUUCGCGGAAGCACGAAGGAAAGCGUCAGGCUGUGCUUACUACUGCUGCUAUAUAUGGAAUGAGCAAUCAAGGCCCCCAUAAGAAACAUAUCGAAAUCCCUCGCUCUUGUUUCCUCUCUCGGUUUGAGCUGCAAGAGAGAAUGGAAUAGUCAACUUCCCACAGCGAAAAAGACAUCUGGACUACAUUAUUGAUUUCUUACGUGUCAAGUCUUGGGUCAUUGGAUGCCUCCUUUACCAAUGAGCUUUGGCUCAAAUGGUACUUCCUCCCUCUAAAGCAUGGUGGAGGGUGAGAAUUGAAGUAUGGGUCAAGCUUUGGGUUGCAUUCAGGUGGAUCAGUCAAAUGUGGUUAUCAGGGAACAUUUUGGAAAGUUUGAUGAUGUGCUUGAGCCAGGAUGUCACUGCUUGCCUUGGUGUCUUGGAUACCAGGUAGCUGGUGGACUCACACUGCGUGUGCAACAACUUGAUGUUCGAUGCGAAACAAAAACUAAGGAUAAUGUGUUUGUCAAUGUGGUUGCAUCUGUUCAAUUUCGCGCCAUUGCUGAAAAAGCAUCUGACGCUUUCUAUAGGCUCACCAAUACCAGGGAGCAGAUCCAAUCCUAUGUUUUUGAUGUUAUCAGGGCAAGUGUCCCGAAAUUGAACUUGGAUGCGGUCUUUGAGCAGAAGAAUGACAUAGCAAAAGCUGUGGAAGAGGAGCUGGAAAAGGCCAUGUCUACUUAUGGGUUUGAAAUAGUCCAGACCCUUAUUGUGGACAUAGAGCCAGAUGUUCAAGUGAAGAGAGCAAUGAACGAGAUAAAUGCAGCCGCUAGACUGAGGUUGGCAGCAAAUGAGAAGGCUGAAGCGGAGAAAAUAUUGCAGAUCAAGAGAGCUGAAGGAGAAGCUGAGUCAAAAUACUUGUCAGGGCUUGGCAUUGCUCGUCAGCGCCAGGCCAUUGUUGAUGGGCUGAGGGACAGUGUACUUGCCUUCUCUGAGAAUGUCCCUGGAACAACUGCCAAGGAUGUCAUGGACAUGGUGCUUGUGACUCAGUACUUCGACACUAUGAAGGAGAUUGGGGCAUCCUCAAAGUCCUCGUCUGUUUUCAUCCCACAUGGACCUGGUGCAGUGAGAGACAUCGCUGCACAAAUUCGAGAAGGUCUUCUUCAGGCCAAUUCUGUCUAGAGUUUGACUGGUACGAAUAUGCGAGAUCCUAAUUAUGCUUUUCUUGUUUGAAACUUGUCUUAUCAUAGUGGAGAUGCUUAAGCAGCUUAAUGGCUGAAGGGUAUAUUGUAGGUUCCGCUAAGUUUGUUAUUAUUCACGACGCAAAAUGGUUACUGUAAUUACUAUAUGCAAGGGUGAAAAAUAUACCUAGGUGAAUGUUAUUUGUAGUUGGCUUGUUAUCCUAUGUCUCUUUUAUGUUUCUCCUAUGUUGUGUUGGGGUGUGAGAUUUUUAAGUAAAAUUGUACUUAAAUAGUAAUUUAUCAAUUCCUUUUGUUGA